AUAACAACAAAUCACAAAACGUCAUAUUACGAAAUUUGAUACUAGAAAGAAUGACCAUUACUUAUGAAAAGUUAUUGAGUUAAUCUUUUGCAGGUUAGCGAUCAAAGAUUUGCCCAAGUUUCUCUUAUUUAGGUGGUAGAAGAGGCUACGUAAUAUGACCCAUGUAGCUGAAGAAGAUGAGCAAUUUUUAACUAAUGGCGAACUGCAUGUAAUUGAUCCUAACGAAACAGAAUACGAACUAUUGAAGGAAAACGGAGUUUUCGAAAGAAAUCGACAGCCUCGUGAUGUUUUGCCAAUGACACGUGAGAAAUCAUCUCUCAGAAACUGGUUCAGUUUUCUCAAGACGGUAAUUGGUAAAGACUUGACGAAGGUCACUUUUCCAGUGUGUUUCAAUGAACCCAUCUCAUUCCUGCAGAGGCUGUGUGAAGAUCUCCAAUAUGCUUAUUUGUUAGAAAAAGCUGCAAAAUGUGAAAGUUCUGUGGAGAGUCUUGUGUAUAUUGCUGCAUUCAUGGUUUCAUCUUUCUCUACUGUUCCUGGAAGAUUCAUGAAGCCCUUCAAUCCAUUACUUGGAGAAACUUAUGAAUACAUCAACAAAGAGUAUGGCUAUGCAGUCUUGGUUGAGCAGGUCUCUCAUCAUCCUCCCAUGUCCGCUUUGCAUGCUGAGUCAGAAGACUGGAUAUUUUGGGAAGAAUAUAAACUGGAUACAAAGUUUAGGGGACAGUACGUCAGAGUGUGUCCGACUGGUAUUGUUCAUUUAAAGUUUAAGAAGUCAGGUGAUCAUUAUAGUUGGAAAAAACCAGAAACGAUUGUUCACAAUAUUAUCUUUGGGACAUUAUGGGUAGAGCAUGAUGGUGAUGUUGUCAUAAAGAAUCACCGAACAAAAGAAGUGUGUACAGUUCAUUUUCAACCCUACAAUAGGGUGAAAGAACAUUACAAGAUGAUCACGGGAGAAGUACGAGAUUUAAAUGGUCACGUGUGUUUGUUAUUGGAUGGAAAUUACGAAGAUUAUGUGGAAUACACGUCUGUUGAAAAAGGUUUGACUGCAGAUCCCAUACAAGUGUGGAAGGCGGUGCCGAAACCUGAAAUAUCACCAAGGAUGUACGGUUUAACAACGUUUGCCAUGCAGUUGAAUGAACCUGACGCAGAAGUUCAAUGUACCACAGACUGUAGGAAAAGGCCAGACUUGCGAAAUCUAGAAGAUGGAAAUAUGGACGAGGCGUCUCGUGAAAAAUGUAGACUAGAAAAUAAGCAAAGACAGGCAAGAAAACAUAGAGAAAAUGAAAAAAAGAUAUGGUCUCCAAGAUGGUUUAAAGUGGAAGAAGAUCCGACAUGGGAAUUUCAUCAUAUGUCUAUCAAGGAGGCUACUGGCAUCGAAAUGUGAAGGCAAAUUCGACAAUACCCUGACAUAUUUUAAAAUGUCAAGUGUACUAUCCACUUCUUAUUUAUGAAAUGCAAACAGCACAAGAAUAAAUUUAUAACUUCAAGAAAGAGAAAACUAUAUAAUGAGCAUUUAAGCCAAACAAUUUUCAUGGACUGUUCACAUUGGCCCAACCAGCUGGGAUUAAUUUUUGAAUGGUUUUGGCACAUUUAAAUGGCACAAUGGUAAUCAUCAGAGAAAGAAGGCUUUUUUUAAUUUUAUUGUCUAAAUAUACUUAGUGUACCAGAUAAACAACAAUAACCACAUUGCAUCGUGCAACAAAUUUACAGAGGAAUGAGUUGUGGCAUUUAAAGAAGUGCUACAGCUUUUAUAGCUGAAAUGAUGAAGGGGAUUGCUUUAAUGCCAUAAUAUCAUUUCUCACCCUUCACUGCGAUAACUCAUCUAAUCCAUGUCUAAGCAAGUCAUUCUUUAUUGUCCACUGAAGGGGGGAGAAGUCAUUCCCAAACCCAGAUUACUAAUCCAGCUAUGCUGACUCACUUAAGAGUGGCAAAAGAGUCAGUGAAGCAGCUAUAGUUAGGUUGUUGUCAUAAAUAGCAGCUAUGGAACAGAAUCUAUUUUAAUAUUGUUUAAAUUAAUUUAAACACUUGGAUUUUGAUAGAAGUGAAUUUGUAUUUUUGUUAAAAGUUUGAAGGAUCAAAAUGAAAAUGCAUAAAAAGA